AUGUGUUUUCCAUUCACUCUGCCUGUUGCCCACUGCUGCGCCAGCGUAGUAGCCUAACAAUCUCGGUUUGGCGUUCCCAUGGAUCAGAAGAAAGUCUUCGUGUUGUCUUUCGUGCAAACAUAGGCUACGUGUUUCUAUGCGUGUCCUUUUUACAGUAAAAUAACUGUCCUAUCCGUUCCAAUGUUUGUACCAAUAUUCAACAAUUAAUUGGUUUAAUAAUUAAUUGGUUAGCCUACACGUUGUGAAUUUAAUUUUUAGUUAACUCUCAAAAAAACUCUCAGUUGUGACUCCUCCUCCUACCCUUAAUGAUUGCAGUUUCCUGAAGUUAAAUAGUUUUAAAGGCUGCGGUCACCAUAGAAACGGACCCACCAAAGUCUGUUGGUAAUUGGUCAACAAAAUAUCUAUAGGCCUAUGGUGAGUGCGAGGCAGGCUACGGAAGGAGGUUUCUGCAUCUUCAUUUCGAACUCUUGAUGCAAAAAUCAGUCUACCCAUUAAAGAGCUGGGAUACACCACAUAUAGCCUAGGCCUAUGUCUGAACAGCAAACACCUACUCAUCAUGAUUCCAGAAGAUGUGGUCUCUGCUGAUCUUGUUGGUGGCUGUGCUAAAUGUGGAUUGUUAUUACACCACCCGUGAAAAGUUAGGUCAUGGUCGUCGACUUACUAUUAAGAUAUCAAAGGAGACGGAAAAGCUUGAGUUCAAACCUGAGGAUGGCUCAUCUAUGGAGACUAUAUGGAGCCGAGGGCAGCACCGCCCUAGCAAGGGCCGUCUGACAGGAAGCAGCUCGAGUACAUCUGAUCAACGUUGGGAGCUGCAGACAGUAGUGUUUGAUGACGAGGGGACUUACAGUCUGAAGGAUUACUGGAAUAAGGAGACCAAAUCUAUUCUACUUGAUGUCAUUACUGUGCACAAGAACAUUGAUCGGGUAGCUGGAGAGGAUCUGACUAUCAACCUAGAAGGCAGCAACCAACAUGAAGCCACCCUGCAGUUCACCGGGGAUGCUGGGAACUUCACCCUGGUGCGAGACGGAGCAGAGGUGGGGAACGACCUGGCAGACUACGUCGGCCGAGUGAAAAUCAGCUCCAGAGGCAUCAUCAUCAAAUCCGUCAACGUAUCAGACGUGGGCAGGUACAGGCUGUUUGACAGAAGGGACCGGCUGGUGUCUGUCACCAGAAUGAUUCUAGUUGAUGCCCAUGAGCACACAGAAUCCACAAAUCCUCUGCUAGCCUUGCUGCUGUUGUUGGGCAUCCCCGCUGGUAUUUGCUGCUGCUGCCGUAAAAAGAUCUUCCGCAAGAAGGCCACCACCACUGCCACUCACGUGAUCCAUACCGACGGGCCCCCUCCUGGUGGACCGCCCUCCUACAACACCCCCUCCACGCCUAUGAUCCCUCCCGGGUCUGGUGGCCAAGUUUUUUAUCAUGGGCCAACACCAGAUCCAAAUGCGGGCUAUGCCCCAGUCUACCCAGCAGCAGGGGGUCAGAUACCACCUCCACAGAACCCCGGCUAUGGUCAGCCCAUCCCACCUCCGCAGAACCCUGGCUAUGGUCAGCCUGCCAUGCCCCCAGGCCCUGGCUUCCAACCAGGCUAUGACCCUCAGAAUCCAGUAUACCCGCCUACUGCAGGACCAGCCGUGCCUCAGUGGAAUGGCCCACCACCCAACCAAUACAAUCCUGCUGCUCCACCCGGCUAUGCUCCUGUAGCAUACAGUGCUCCUCCACCCACCAAUGCAGAGCCAUCGAAAGAGGAAAUCAAGAUGAAUGAGAUGUCAGCUGCGCACCUUCUUACUCCACCGCAGCCUCAGGUUGGACAACCCACUGAUUCAGCUUCCUCUGUGAACGCUUGGAGCUCAUCGGAGCCAACCAAGUUCGAGAUCAACGCAGGAACGACCAAUUUCCUGUAGUCUCUUGAUGGCACAUCAGACUGAUAACCCAAGCACCCUCCACACUCUUUGAUAAAGGGCUCUCCAGCUUGUCUCACUGGAAGAACCUCUAAAGUUGCUACUAGUGGAGCCUUAACAGCGACUUUUUGAAGAGGCCCACUGAUGGAAUCUAACCAUCUUAGAGUAGGUCAUUUUUUCCAAGUUUAUUCAGAUUUAACCCCUCACCUGUUGAGCAGACCACACCCAAAGUUUUAGGCACGUGUAGCAUCAUGCAGUUGCCAUCUCUUUUUACCUCAAAUUUGCACUUUGGUUCCAUGUUUCUGUUGGUACCAUGUGAUGGAGCACAUGGGUGCUCUCAUACUUGGGACGAUUACUUUUGUGGAUCUUUGAUGCAAACAUGCAGUAGUGCUCCCUAGAUUCAGCAAAUGCUGCCUAUUCAACCGCCACACGUGGACCAAAAGCUCAAAUCUAGAAAAGGGUUCAUGAAGACAUCUGGCCUGCUUGGCAGGUGAGAGGUUAAUCAAAACAAAUUCUAUUGUAGUUAAAUUUGGAGACUACAUGUUUCCAACUUCUACUAUUUGGGCUUAUCUUUGAUCAAUUUGCUCAUAUUGAUUUUUUUCGUUAGUUCUUUGCUAUACAGUGGAUCAUGUAAAAGAGUUCUUACAAGGUUUUCCAAAGGACCCCAUACCAGAGGGCCUGAGAAGAUCUUUCUACUACCAAGGUUUUUCCUGAGGGUGUAACACUGUUUUCUUUUUUUAAUGGGUCAAAGUGGUGGGGUUAUCUUUAGCUUUAUUCUCGUGAAGUCUUUUAUUGUCUCAAUUGUCUGUUUUUUAAGUCAAUGCAUAGAGUAGCUGAAAACCUUGCCUUAUUCUAUUGAGGACAUACCACAGUUUCCGACUCACCUCAUAUUUGCUUCAGCCAAUAAGAGACAAGCCACACUUGUCAACCUCUCAGGACAGAUCAAGUGCUUUCAACCAAGCAGUGGGCCUGUUGACAGUUCAUUUUAUGUAUGGUUUCUCAUUCAUGUUACUAGGACCAAUUAUACAUGAUUUUCCCUGCUGAAUUGCAAUAUACAUUGUAAAAGUUAUAUUCGCUUCACAACAGAUAUAACAGAACAACAGGGUAGAUAUUUUGAUUAUUAUUAUUUAACCAUGGAAGGGUUUGGAAGAAGGAUGGAGGUGCUUGGAAGUGCUUUUCCAGUUUGAAGAAACUUCUUAAUCCUGGAUGCAUACAAUAUACAUGUGUAAUAGUAUAUACAAUUGCAUAACAAUAUCCUUUAGUGUAGAAUCUGUGCCUUCAUCUGAUGAUGCCAACAGAUGUUUCAGCCUCUAGAUUCCCACUAACUUUGCUUUUAUGACUGUUGCCCUGCUUAAGAAUGUCAUCCAGCCCUCGUGGAGAACCCAACAAUGAUUUAUAAACACCUUUGGUUUCCAUCAGACCGAAGGUGGCCUGCAACAUUAGCCAUCCACAGGUGGUGCCUUCUCCACUUCGAACCUGGUCACCCAGGAACUCCAAGCCAGUUAUCACAAUUCAACUGGAAUGAGUGGACUGUUGACUUAAAUGGACUAUAAAGUAAUGGAAAUAAUGGCACUGCAUGUUUUGGAGCAGCUUGGACCGACAUCUCUGAACUGCUCAAACCACUGCUGCUGAUUACUCCAUGCCUCAUCUACACAUCUCAAUGUAAGCUGCGGAGACCGUUGCAGGCCCAUAGCAAAGCUAGGAUUUUGGAGCCUGGCUUCUGUCUGCUGUCAAUCAAGUUUUUAAUUGUUACCUUAGGAAAUGUCAUUCAAAGACAAGGGGAGGGGAAACACUGCCAAGGAAUGUCACCCCGCCACCUAGGGAUUUCUACACAACAGAUGGUUCCAGUUCUAUCCUUUGAUGGCUUCUCCUAGUGGACUUGCUUGUUGUAAUAUUAUGUAUGGUGGUGUUCUAUUGGCCUCCCUCCAAUGUAUAGUGGUCAUAUUCACAAAUAUUGCACAAAAAAAAAUUGGUUCAUCAUCUUAAAGAGGAUUUCUGACUGUGCCAACAGCAAAGGUCACGCACAGCAAUUAAGCAUCAAAGAAGCAGGCUUGAUACAACAUGUCACAUCUGUACUCCAUUUUAAGGACUGUCAAUUUCCGUCUUCCUUUUGCAAACUAUUCAUAUUUUUAAUGUAACAUAGAGGUCAGCAGCUCUGUAUGUCAUGGUAGACUAGUGAGUCUAUAGGUAAUUGUGUUAUUACUGUAGGCACUGUAUCGCUUUGUAUGUUUUAAGCCAAGCUGUAACUAGAUGAUAACUUAUGCACAUAUGAAAACCCUUGCAUUUUGUGUCACAUCAUGAGACAUAUGGAAUGUCAUGUAGUGUAUUUUUUUUCAGUGAAUGCAUUCAUUGUAAUAAUGUGUUGUACUGCACAUAAUAUUAAAGAAAUACUGAAACCAGAA